AUGUGUUGUACUUGUAUUGCUUUCCCUGGUCAUCAUAUGGAUUCUUUCACUGGGAUUGCAAGUUUUGAUAUCGGUUUGUCGAAGAGACAACGCAAGGAGAAGGAUGAAAACUACUAUCAUAUCACCCCGGAAACUGGAACAGUCACGAAUUUAGGGCCAGGAACAGCUACAACCACCGAUGGAAAAUGUACUUUCGAAUACUCAGCAACACAAACCGUGUACGCCUCUUACGAAACAGUCAUUAUCUUACAACUUAUCGUGUCACGAGUGGGACAGGAGACUACAACAGUGCAAAGAACUUCAAAUGCCGAUUCAGCAGAGAUCAGAUUGAUAGACUCCCCAAGAUACGUCUUAUUUGGAUCUAUAUUAUUUAUGAAGGAUCAAGGCAACACCAUGACUCUCCAAGACGUUGCAGCCAUCUCAUUGAUAUAUGCGGACGAGUUCAGCACUGUCGUUGACGGUAUUUUCAUAUGCGAGAACGGAAACUCAGAGACCCUUGAAAAUGGCGACAUUGUCUGUACAUGUAAUCCUGAAUAUUUUGGUAACACAUGCACCAAUCUUUGUUUCCAAGGAAAUGUGAUAACACUUCAACCACACGACAGACAGAUAUGCGAAUGUAAUAUUGGGUUCGGUGACGUGGUCAUUCUGUAA